AUGAACUUCAACAUGCCUUCCUUCAGCAUGGGCAGUGGCCUACAAGGCUUCGAAGCCCCCAUGUCACGCGCCGAGGCCAAGAAGAUCCUCAACAUCGGCUCGGUGGCGCCCAGCAAGGACGUCGUGCGCGAAGCGCAUCGGAGGUUGCUGAUCGCCAACCACCCUGACAAGGGCGGUUCCACUUACAUUGCCUCGAAGAUCAACGAGGCGAAAGAGGUGAUGUUGGGGAAGAAAUCCACCUGA